AUGCCUUUGCUUAAUAGCGGGAUGCUCUCUGCUUCUUUAUUAGUUAAUCUUCUUUCAGUAUUAUUCAUCAGUUUUGUGUUUGGAGAAACAGAAGUAAGAUUUGCUGGACAAACAGAAUUCCUUGUUAAUGAAACAGCUACAACAGUCAUACGGCUUGUGAUUGAAAGAAUAGGAGAGCCAGCCAAUAUCACUGCAAUUGUAUCGAUUUAUGGAGAAGAUACAGGUGACUUUGUUGACACUUAUGCUGCAGCUUUUAUACCUGCUUCAGAAACCAACAGGACUGUGUUUAUAGCAGUUUGUGAUGAUGACAUCCCAGAGCCUGAUGAAACAUUCAUCUUUUACUUGAUAUUACAGAAACCAUCAUCAGAGAUAAAGCUUGGUUGGCCAAGAUCUGUGACUGUGACCAUAUUAUCAAAUGACAAUGCCUUUGGAAUUAUUUCAUUUGAUAUGCCUUCCUUAAUCAUAGUGAAUGAGCCCAGGGGAAGGAAUGAAUCUGUACCUCUCAUUCUAAUUAGAGAAAAAGGAACCUAUGGAAGUGUAACUGUGAGUUUUGAGGUAGAAGGCGGUCCAAACCCACCUGAAGAAGAUUUAUGUCCAGUUAAAGGAAAUAUUACCUUCCCUCCUGGUAGAGCAAUAGUGGUUUAUAAUUUGACAGUACUGGAUGAUGACAUACCAGAAAAUGAUGAACUGUUCUUGAUUAAGUUGAAAAGCAUAGAGGGAGGGGCUGAAAUCAACACUACAAGAAACUCAAUUGAGGUUGUUAUUCGGAAAAAUGACAGUCCAAUACGCUUUAUCCAGAGUAGUUAUUUGGUGCCUGAGGAAGCAGAUAUAUUAACAAUUCCAGUGGUUCGUGGUAAGAACGAGAGUGGAAAUUUGAUUGGAUCUGAUGAAUAUCAAGUUUCAAUCAAUUAUGCUGUUGUAACUGGGAAUUCAACAGCGCAUGCAGAGCAGAAUGUAGACUUUAUUGAUCUCCAGCCAAACACUACGAUUAUUUUCCCACCUUUUGUUCACGAAUCCUAUUUGAAAUUUCAAAUCAUCGAUGAUGCCAUACCAGAGAUUGCUGAAUCCUUUCUUAUCGUCUUACUUAAGGACACUUUACAGGGGGAUGCUGUGUUAUUAAAUCCUUCUGUGGUUCAAGUCACCAUUAAGGCAAAUGAUAAGCCUUAUGGAGUGCUAUCUUUCAAUAGUGUGUUGUUUGAACAGACAGUUGUUAUUGAUGAAGACCGAGUCUCAAGGUUUGAAGAAAUUACAGUGGUAAGAAAUGGUGGAACUCAUGGAAACAUUUCAGUGAGUUGGGUCAUGACACGGAACAGCAGCGAUCCUUCUCCAGUGACAACAGAUAUUAUGCCAAGUUCGGGUAUUCUGCAUUUUGCUCAAGGGCAGAUGAUUGCCUCUAUUUCUCUUACUAUUAUUAAUGAUGAUCUCCCUGAAGAGGCAGAAGCUUAUCUUCUUCAAAUUCUGCCUCAUACAGUACAAGGAGGGGCAGAAGUGAGUGAGCCAGCAGAGCUUUUGUUCUACAUCCAGGACAGUGAUGAUGUUUAUGGUUUAAUAAAGUUUUAUCCUUUGGAAGACCAGAAGAUUGAGAGCAGCCCAGGUGAAAGAUUUCUAUCUUUGAAAUUUGCAAGACAAGGAGGAACUAAAGGCGAUGUGAAGAUGUUUUUUUCCACAUUUUAUAUUCCUGCUGGACCUGUGGACCUUUUGCGAGCAAAAGAUGGCAUCUUAAAUAUGUCUAGGAGAAAUAGUAUCAUCUUUCCAGAAUGGAAAACUCAAGUUGCUAUGAAAUUACCCAUAAGAAAUGAUGCAUUCCUUCAAAAUGGGGCCCAUUUCCUAGUGCAGUUGGAAACUGUGGAACUAGUGAAUAUAUUUCCUCCAAUCCCACCUCUGAGUCCUACAUUUGGUGACAUUCGAAAUAUUUCUCUAAGAGUAACUCCAGAUAUUGCAAAUGGAGAAAUUGGCUUUCUCAGCAAUCUUCCAAUUAUUCUUCAUGAGCCAGAAGAUUCCCCUGCUGAAGUGGUUUCUAUUCCCUUACAUCGAGAUGGAACUGAAGGUCAAGCCAUUGUAUUUUGGAGUUUGAAGCCCUCUGGGUUUAAUUCAAAAUCAGUGACAUUAGAUGAUAUAGGCCCUUUUAAUGGUUCUGUUGUAUUUUUAUCUGGGCAAAGUGAUACAAUGAUUAAUAUUACUGUCAAAGCAGAUGAUAUCCCGGAAAUGAAUGAAACAGUGACACUAUCUCUGGACAGGGUCAAUGUGGAAAAUCAGGUCCUAAAAUCUGGGUAUACUAGUCGUGAUUUAAUCAUUUUGGAAAAUGAUGACCCUGGAGGAGUAUUUGAGUUUUCUUCUGCUUCCAGAGGACCCCAUAUUAUAAAUGAAGGAGAAUCUGUUGAACUUCACAUUAUUCGCUCUAGAGGAGCCCUUGUCAAGCAGUUUCUUCAUUAUAGAGUGGAGCCAAGAGACAGCAAUGAGUUCUAUGGAAAUACAGGAGUUUUAGAAUUUAAGCCUGGUGAAAGAGAAAUUGUAAUUACUCUGCUGUCAAGAUUAGAUGGAAUUCCAGAGUUGGAUGAGCACUACUCUGUGAUUCUUAGCAGCCAUGGUGAACGGGAGAGUAAGCUGGGAAUGCUCACAGUGGUCAACAUCACUAUUCUGAAAAAUGAUGAUCCUCAUGGGAUUAUAGAAUUUGUUUCUGAUGGACUAAUUCUCACAAUAAAUGAAAGUAAAGGGGAAGAUAUAUUUUCUGCUGUUUAUGAAAUAAUAAGAAAACGAGGCAACUUUGGCAAUGUUAGUGUAUCUUGGGUGAUCAGUCCAAAGUCUACAGAAGAUGUGUUCCCUGUCCAAGAGACCAUUUUCUUUGGAGAUCAAGAAUUUUCCAAAAAUAUCACCAUUUAUUCACUACCAGAUGAGAUACCCGAAGAAAUGGAAAUAUUCACAAUAACCCUUUUUAAUGCCACUGGUGGAGCCAAAAUGGGAAAUGUAACAACUGCAAUUCUGCAGAUCAGAAGAAAUGAUGAUCCAAUAUAUUUUGCAGAACCUCGUGUGGUAUGGAUUAAAGAAGGUGGGGUUGCUAACUUUACAGUUCUCAGGAAUGGCUCCCUUGAAGUUGCCUGCACUGUCCAAUAUGCUACAAGGGAUGGAAAAGCAACUGCAGAAGAAGGAGACUUUGUUCCUAUUGAAAAGGGAGAAACACUAUUUUUUGAAGUUGGGAGAAGAGAACAGAGUAUAUCCAUAUUUAUUAAUGAAGACGAUAUACCUGAAACAGAUGAGCCCUUUUAUAUCAUCCUCUUUAAUUCGACAGGUGACACAGUGGUAUAUAAAUAUGGGAUAGCAACUGUUAUAAUUGAAGCUAAUGAUGAUCCCAAUGGUAUUUUUUCUUUGGAUCCUGUAGACAAAGCAGUAGAAGAAGGAAAAACCAAUGAAUUUUGGAUUUUGAGGCACAGAGGUCACUUUGGCAAUGUUUCAUUGAUGUGGCAGCUGUUUGAAAAUAAUUCUGCUCUACAGAAUGGACAAGAAUUCUAUGAAACUUCAGGGGUAGUUAUGUUCAUGGAUGGAGAAGUAUCUAAACCAAUAAUUCUCCAUGCUAUUCCAGAUAAAAUUCCUGAGUUCAACGAAUUUUAUAUUCUAAGACUUAUAAACAUUUCAGGUGGAUCCCCAGGUCCUGGUGGGCAAUUAGCAGAAACCAAUCUACAUGUCACAGUGAUGAUUCCAUUCAAUGAUGACCCCUUUGGAGUUUUUGUCUUGGACCCAGAUUGCCAGGAAAGGGAAGUAGCAGAAGAUGUCCUUUCAGAAGAUGAUAUGUCCUAUAUUACCAACUUCACUGUUUUGAGACAACAAGGGACCUUUGGAAAUGUACGAGUUGGCUGGGAAAUACUGUCCAGUGAGUUCAUUGAUGGAUUACCUCCAAUGAUAGAUAUUUUAUUGAUUGGAUUUUUUCCUAACUCAGUGCAAUCACAGCCACAUAGGAGACGCCAUCACAGUGGAACAGAUGCUUUAUACUUCAGUGGAAUGGAAGAUGCAUUUGGAACUAUUAGUUCAAAAUAUCACCCCACAAGAAAUAACACAAUUGUCAACUUUACAUUUUCAGCUUGGGUGAUCCCUAAUGCUAAUACAAAUGGAUUUAUAGUAGAAAAGGAUGAUGGCAAUGGAACUAUGUACUAUGGUGUAAAAAUUCAAACAAAUUCUUCUUAUGUAACACUUAUGCUUCAUUACACUACUCUGGGUUCCAAUGUUACUUAUGUUGCCAAAACAACAGCUGUGAAAUACUUGGAAGAAAACAUUUGGCUUCAUCUUCUGAUUAUCCUGGAUGAUAGCAUAAUUGAAUUCUACCUUGAUGGAAAUCCAAUGCCCCGAGGAUUGAAGAGCUUGAAAGGUGAAGCAAUAGCUGAUGGUCCCGGGAUAAUGAGAGUUGGUGCAGGGAUGAAUGGGAAUGACAGGUUUACAGGAUUGAUGCAAGAUGUAAGGCUGUAUGAGCGAAAAUUGACCUCAGAAGAAAUCUAUGAACUUCACGCCACUCCAGCAAAGAAUGAUUUGCACCCUAUUUCUGGGUACCUAGAGUACAGACAAGGAGAAACCAAUAAAUCAUUCAUUGUUUCAGCAAAAGACGACAAUGAAGAAGAAGGAGAAGAAUUAUUUAUACUUAAGCUAGUUUCUGUACAUGGUGGAGCUCGUAUUUCUCAAGAAAAUAUCACAGCAAGAUUAACAAUACAAAAAAGUGACAAUGCCAAUGGAUUGUUUGGCUUUACAGGAGCCUGCAUACCAGAGAUAGCAGAAGAGGGGUCCACCAUUUCCUGUGUCAUUGAGAGAACCCGGGGAGCUCUGGAUUACGUGCAUGUUUUUUAUACCAUCUCCCAGAUAGAUUCUACUGGCAUUAAUUACAUCAUUGAUGAUUUUGCUAAUGCCAGUGGAACUAUCACAUUCCUUCCUUGGCAGAGAUCAGAGGUCUUGAAUCUCUAUGUCAUUGAUGAUGAUAUUCCAGAACUGAAUGAAUAUUUUCGGGUGACAUUGGUAUCUGCAGUUCCUGGAGAUGGGAAAAUAGGUUCAACUCCUACUAGUGGUGCAAGCAUAGAUGUUGAAAAGGAAACAACAGAUAUCACCAUCAAAGCCAGUGACCAUCCAUAUGGCUUAUUUCAGUUUUCUGUGGGAAUGCCUCCUCAGCCAGAUGAUAAGAUGACUUUGCCUACAACUAGUAUCCCUCAUAUAACUGUGAAGGAGGAAGAUGGAGAAGUGAAAUUGUUGGUAGUUCGUGCACAAGGCCUUCUGGGAAAGGUGAUGGUGGAAUACAGAACAGUUUCACUGACAGCAUUUAGUCCUGAUGAUUAUCAGGAUACUUCAGGAACCUUAGAAUUUCAGCCAGGGGAAAGAUACAAAUAUAUUACUGUUAACAUCACAGAUAAUUCUAUUCCUGAAUUGGAGAAAUCUUUUAAAGUUGAAUUGUUAAACUCAGAGGGAGGAGUUGCUGAACUCUUUAGGAUUGAUGGGAGUGGUAGUGGUGAUGGGAACGAGGAGUUCUUCCUUCCAACUGUCCACAAGCGUGCCAGUUUAGGAAUAGCUUCCCAAAUUAUAGUAACCAUUGAGGCUUCCGAUGAUGCUCAUGGUGUAUUUGAGUUCAGCCCAGAGUCAUUAUAUGUCAGUGGAACUGAACCUGAAGAUGGACAGAGCUCAGUUAUCUUUAAGGUUGUGAGAAGCCAUGGAACUUUGUCUCAAGUAAUUUUGCAUUGGAACAUUCCCUCUGAUGUAUCUGGAGACCUUGCCUUCACUUCUGGCAAUGUCACUUUUGAGAUAGGGCAGAUGAGCGCCAAUAUAACUGUGGAAAUACUGCCUGAUGAAAUUCCUGAACUGGAUAAAACAUUUUCAGUUUUAAUCAUAAAUGUUUCUAAUGGCUGCCUAGGAGUCCAUACAAAUGCUACAUUAAUAAUUUUGGCCAGUGAUGACCCAUAUGGAAUAUUCAUCUUUUCUGAGGAAAAUAGACCAAUCAAAGUUGAAGAAGCAAGUCAGAAUGUUACUCUCACAAUAAUACGGUUAAAAGGUCUUAUAGGAACAGUCAUGGUUACCUAUGCAACAAUGGAUGAUAUGGAAAAACCAUCUUUUUUUCCACCUAAUUUAGCCAGAGCAACUCAAGGAAGAGACUAUAUACCUGUUUCUGGGUUUGCUAUUUUUAGAGUUAACAUGAGUGAGGCAACAAUUAGUAUUCCUAUUUUGGAUGAUGAUGAACCAGAAAAGUCAGAAUCUGUGUUUGUUGAGCUGAUCAAUGUUACAUUAAUAGAAAAAGUACAGAAUCGACCAAUUCCAAAUUCUCCACGUCUAGGAUCCAAGGUAGACACCAUUGCUCAUUUAAUUAUCCUUGCCAAUGAUGAUGCAUUUGGAACUUUGCAACUCUCAGCACCAAUUGUUCGAGUUGCAGAAAAUCAUGUUGGACCAAUUAUCAAUGUGACGAGAACAGGAGGAGUUUUUGCUGAUGUUUCUGUGAAGUUUAAAGCUGUGCCAAUAACUGCAAUAGCUGGUGAAGACUACAGCAUAGCCUCAUCCGACGUGGUCUUGCUAGAAGGUGAAACCAGUAAAGCUGUGCCAAUAUAUAUCAUUAAUGACAUAUACCCUGAGCUGGAAGAAUCUUUUCUAGUGCAGCUGCUGAAUGAAACAACUGGAGGUGCCAGACUUGGAGCAUUAACAGAGGCAAUCAUCAUUAUCGAGGCUUCCGACGAUCCUUAUGGAUUAUUUGUUUUUCAGACUACUAAACUUAUAGUAGAGGAGCCUAAGGUUAAUUCUGUGAAGGUAAACCUGCCAAUAAUUCGCAAUUCUGGGACACUCGGCAAUGUCACUGUUCAAUGGGUUGCCACCAUUAAUGGAGAACUUGCCACUGGCGACCUGCGAGUUGUCUCAGGUAAUGUGACCUUUGCCCCUGGGGAAACCAUUCAAACCUUGUUGUUAGAGGUCCUGGCUGACGACGUUCCGGAAAUUGAAGAGGUUAUCCAAGUGCAACUAAUUCAUGCCUCUGGUGGAGGUACAAUUGGGUUAGAUCGAGUGGCAAAUAUUAUUGUACCUGCCAAUGAUAAUCCUUAUGGUACAGUUGCCUUUUCUCAAUCCAUUUAUCGUGUCCAGGAACCUCUGGAGAAAAGUUCUUGUGUCAACAUAACUGUCAGGAGAAGUGGAGGACGAUUUGGCCAGCUGCUGAUCUAUUAUAACACUUCAGAUAUUGAUGUUGUGGCUCUUGCAAUGGAGGAAGGUCAGGAUGUCCUGUCCUUUUACGAAUCACCAACUCAAUGGAUUCCUGACCAGCUUGGAAGAACUUGGGUGAAUGUCUCUACAAUGCUGGAUCCUCAGCACACAUGUGCCACUCUGUGCCUUAAAGAACAAGCAUGUUUAGCCUUUUCCAUUUCUGUUUCUUCUGAGAUUCCCCAGUGUUUUUGGAUUAUCACUUGGACUACUCCAAUUGAAAACAGCUCAGAAUUCUGGACCUAUCGGAAAAACAUGACAAGGGUAGCUGCCCUUUUUAGCCGACAGGCUGUGGCAGGAAGUGAUUAUGAGCCUGUGAUAAGGCAGUGGGCUAUAAUGUUGGAGGGUGAUGAAUUUGCAAACCUUACAGUCUCCAUCCUUUCUGAUGAUUUCCCAGAGAUGGAUGAGAGUUUCCUUAUUUCCCUUUUAGAGGUUAAACUGAUGAACAUCUCAGCCAGCCCCCAAAAUCAGCCAACCAUUGGACAGCCAAAUACCUCUACAGUUGUCAUAAUGUUGAAUGGUGAUGCCUUUGGAGUAUUCAAAAUCUACAGUAUCAGCCCCAAUACAUCAGAGGAUGGCCAGUAUGUGGAAGUUCAAGAGCAGCCCCAAACCUUGGUACACCUAUCGAUUGAGAGGAUAGGGGGCAGCUUAGGCCAGGUCACGGUGGAGUGGCGUGUGGUUGGUGGAACAGCUAUUGAAGGUGUAGACUUUGUAGGGGAAGGAGAGAUUCUGACUUUUGCUGACGGUGAAACCAAAAAGACAGUGACUUUGAGCAUUUUAGAUGAUUCUGAGCCUGAGGAUGAUGAAAGUAUUAUAGUCAGUUUGGUUUACACUGAAGGUGGGAGUCGUAUUUUGCCCAGUGCUGACACGGUUACAGUGAAUAUUUUGGCCAAUGACCAUGUUGCAGGAAUUGUUAGCUUUCACACAGGCUCCAGGUCUGUUAUUGGUCAUGAAGGAGAAAAUCUAGAAUUCCAUGUCAUAAGAACACCCCCUGGUCGAGGAAAUGUUACUGUUGACUGGAAAAUUAUUGGUCAUCAUCUCAAGCAUAAUUUUGCUAACUUUAGUGGAGAAAUCUUCUUUCUUGAGGGAUCUCUAAACCAAACAUUUUCAGUGCAUUUAUUGGAUGAUGACAUUCCUGAGGAAAAAGAAGAAUACCAAGUGAUUUUGUAUAAUGUCAGAACACAAGGAAUCUCCUCAACUGGAAUGGCUAUAACUGACAGCCAAGGCUAUGAAGCUGUAUUGACAGUGGAGGCAAGUGAUGAACCACAUGGGAUUUUGAAUUUUGCUCCUUCCUCAAGAUUUGUUUUGGUCCAAGAAGCAAAUAUAACCAUCCAACUUUUCAUCAACAGAGAAUUUGGAUCCCUAGGCAUUAUAAAUGUCACCUAUGCUACAGUUCCUGGGAUGCUUAGUCUAAAGAAUCAGACAGAUGGAAAUUUAGCAGAACCUGGAGUUGAUUUUAUUCCAGUAGUUGGUUCCUUAAUAUUAAGGGAAGGGGAAACAUCAGCUGCCAUCAAUAUUACUAUCCUGGAGGAUGACAUGCCUGAACUAGAAGAAUACUUUCUGGUCAAUUUAACAUCAGUUGAACUUAUCAUGGCUCCUUUGACUUCGUUUCCUCCUAGACUAGAUUCAGAAGGCUUAACAGCACAGAUUAUAAUUGAUGCUAAUGAUGGAGCCAGAGGAAAGAUCGAAUGGCACAAUACCAGGUUUGAAGUACAAGAAUCACAAGGAAGUUUAACACUGGUGGCACACCGAGGUGGAGGGUCACUUGGCCAUGUGUCCUUGUUUGUGUAUGCACAGAAUUUGGAAGCACAACUAGGGGUGGAUUAUAACUUUACUCCAAUGAUUCUUCACUUUGCUGAUGGAGAGAAGCAUAAAAACAUUGAAAUCACAAUUCUUGAUGAUGAAAUACCUGAAGGAGAUGAAAAAUUUUUGAUGAUUUUAACUAAUCCCUCUCCUGGACUGAAGCUGGGGGAAAAUACAACAGCUUUAAUUACUAUACUUGCCAAUGAUGAUGGCCCUGGAGUUCUGUCAUUUAACAAUAGUGAACAUUUUUUCCUAAGAGAACCAACAGCCCUAUAUAUCCAGGAAAGUGUUGCAGUAUUAUACAUUGUUCGAGAACCUGCCCAAGGAUUGUUCGGAACUGUGACUGUUCAAUUUAUUGUAAAUGAAAUAAAUUCUUCAAAACUAUCUGAAGAUCUGACCCCUUCAAAAGGAUUUGUUGUUUUGGAAGAAGGAGUUCGAUUUAAGACACUCCACAUUUCUGCCAUAUUAGAUGCAGAACCAGAGAUGGAUGAACAUUUUGUUUGUACUUUGUUCAACCCAACUGGAGGAGCGAGACUAGGGACACCUAUUCAAACUCUCAUAACUAUUUUGCAGAACCAAGCUCCAUUGGGUCUCUUCAGUAUUUGGGCAGUUGAAAAUAGAGCCACAACUUUCACAGUUGAAGAAACCAACAGGACUGUUUACUUAAGUGUGUCCCGAAGUAAUGGACUUAAUUUAACUGUGAGUGUGGAAUGGGAGACUGUGUCUGAAACUGCCUUUGGCAUGAGGGGGAUGAACAGUGUACUAUCUGUCUUUCAAAGUUUUGAUACAGCCUCUAGCUGGUGUUUCUUUAAAUUAGGAGAAUCAAUAUAUGGUAUAAUGUUAAGAAUAUCCUCCCAACAAUUUUCUUCUCUCUACCGAUGGCAAGGAAUUUUCAUUCUAGUUGAGGAUAUUAAUAUACAAAACCCUAAAAGCUGUGAGACAUUUUAUAUCAAUGGUUCUCCCUAUGUUGUGAUUACUCAUGGAGAAAAAGAUGGAGAGAAACCUUCUAAGAAUAGCAUAUAUACCAUCACAUCUGAAUUCAAAUUAUUCCUGGAACAGACGAUUAUAGUUCCAGAAAGUAGCCAAGUAAAACAUUUUACUUUAACCAAUCAACAUUUUUUGAUUGUUGCAAGUCAGAAGAAGGAUGAUUCUGAAUUGACUCAGGUCUUCAGAUGGGUUAGUGGAAACUUCGUGCUGCAUCAAAAACUUCCCGUUCAUGGAGUGCUGAGCAUGACCUUGUUUCCCAGGGGAGGGUCCAUGUUUCUAGCUGUUGCUCCAUCUGACCCUGGACUGAAUUCCCUUUUAUUCAGAUGGUCAGACAAUGAAUUUAGUCACUUUCAAGAAGUGCCCAUCAUUGGGACAGUGCAUAUGGAGGCUUUGACUUCAGGGGAUGACAUCUACUUAAUUUUUGCCAAAGGAAUAUAUCUAGGAGACAAGAGUUCAACUGACAUUUUCAUCUGGGAGACAGGGCAGUCUUCUUUAAGAUAUUUUCAGUCCUUAGAUUUUGGUGCUAUAAACAGGAUCCACUCCUUCACACCUACCUCAGGGAUAGUCCACAUACUACUUGUUGGCAAAGUUGAAUCUGCUCUCUAUUGCUGGAGUUCAGAAUUGAAUGAAUUCUCUUUUGUUUUGGGAGCACCUUCUGCUAAUGAUGCAGCUUCUGUUACUAUAAAGUCGCUGAAUUUAAGCAAAAACCUCAUUGUUUUAUCAGGAGUUCAUCACUCACAGAUCUAUGAAUUGUCCUAUAUCUCAGAUCAAUCUGAUUUUAUUCCCAGUUCAGGUGAAUUGAUAUUCACACCUGGAACCAAGGAAGCCAUAAUUGCAGUCAAUAUUCUUGAUGACAUAAUACCAGAGGAAGAAGAAUUUUUCAAAGUUCAGCUUAAAAAUCCCAAAGGAGGAGCAGAGAUUGGUAUUAAUAAUUAUGUGAAAAUAGUUAUCCCUUCUAAUGAUGAUGCCUAUGGAAUCAUUGCAUUUGCUCAGAAUUCAUUGUAUAAAAAAGUAGAGGAAAUGGAACAGGAUAAUCUGAUAACCUUGAAUGUUGAACGUUUAAAAGGAACAUAUGGUCGUAUAACAGUAGAAUGGGUAGCUACUGGAAGUAUUAAUGACAUAUUUCCCACAUCAGGGGUGAUUUCAUUUUCUGAAGGCCAAGCACUGUUGACCAUCACCCUGUCAGUUCUUGCUGAUGACAUCCCAGAAUUAUCUGAGAUUGUUGUUAUAACACUAAUCCAUGUCACCACAGAAGGGAUUGAAGACCCUAUAAGAGGAGCUACCAUUGAUCCCAAAAGGAACAAGGCUGUAAUAACCACUCUCCCUAAUGACUGUCCAUAUGGUGUGGUUGGCUGGCAUGCUGAUUCUCUCUUUGUUACAGUAUUAGAGCCUGAAGAGAAUGCCACAAUUGUUCAUUUAAAAAUUAUUCGAGAGCAAGGAGUACUUGGUGAUAUUGCCAUUCACUUAGUAGCUGAACCCAAUUUGUCACUUCAUCGUGAUAAUCAAGCUAUUGAGAAUGAGGAUUAUAUGCUGCAACAAAAAAUUAUGAUCAUGCGAGAAAAUGAAGAGAUUAUUUAUGCUAAAGUCAAAAUUCUGCUGGAUGAUGUUCCAGAGUUAGAGGAAGGGUUUAUCAUCAAUAUUACUGAUGUCUACCUCAUGAACUCAGACUUCUCUGGAGGGCAACCAAAUAUAAAGAGACCUGGGUUAGAAAUAGCUGAGAUAGUGAUUGCAGAAAAUGAUGAUCCAAGAGGAGUAUUUCAAUUCAGCAUUGACAGGGAUAUGAAUGGAGUUAUUAUUUUCCAUGAAGUACCGCCACCAUUGAAUGUACUUAACCUGACAGUAGUUCGAUUGGCUGGAAGCUUUGGAAUUAUACAUGUUUAUUGGAAAGCAAUACCUGACAGUGCUAGCCUAGAAGACUUUACACCAUUAUAUGGGAUUCUCACAUUUGAAGAUGGACAAGUGACAGCAGAACUGGAAAUUGCCAUAAUUGAUGAUACUGAAGUUGAGUCUUUGGAAAGUUUCAACAUUUCUUUAAUGAACGUGACUGGAGGUGCCAGACUUGGUGCUGAUAUUGACGUGACCAUUGUUAUUCCACCAAAUGACUCUCCAUUGGGAAUAUUUGGAUUUGAAGAAAGAACUAUAACAGUUCCUGAAGUUCUAUUAGUGGAUGAUCCUUCCUCAUACAUAACAUUGACAGUUACCCGAAGUCAAGGAGGAAAAGGAGCAGUUCAACUUUUAUGGGUUCUGGAGGAAGCAGCUAAAGAUGAUCUCAGUCCUUUGAAUGGAACGCUUAAUUUUGAAGAGAAUGAGUCUCAGAAGACUAUUGUUUUACGUGCACUUCAAGAUACUUUUUUGGAAGGUGAUAAGAGCUUCAUCAUUCAGUUGCUAUCCCUUAAUGAUGCAGAGAUAUCAUCAGUAAAUGGUAGAGCAGCAAUUGUCCUACAAGGAGAAAAAGGUGCAUUUGGAGAGGUUGGGAUAGCCCCAUCAUCCAGGAAUGUUUUCAUUGGGGAGCCCUCAGCAAAAUAUAAUGGCACUGCUCUAAUUAGCCUCGUGCGUGGCCCAGGAACUUUUGGAGAAGUCACAAUACACUGGAAUAUAUUUCCUCCUCUGGCAGAAGAAUUUGUAGAAACAUCAGGAAAAUUAACCAUGCAAGAUGGACAAUCUGUGGCCAUUGUGGUCAUACAGGCUUUAGAUGAUAGCAUUCCCGAGGAAAAAUGUUUUUAUGCGUUUCAGCUCACUGGAAUAAGUGAGGGAGGAAGAUUAAGUGAAGAUAGAACAGCUAACAUUACAAUGGUUGCUAGUGACUUUCCAUAUGGCUGGUUUAUUUUGUCAUCUAAGCUCCUCCAAGUUUCAGAAGAAGGACAGAAGGUUAAUAUCACAGUUAUUCGUUUGGGUGGAUAUUUGGGCCAAGUGAAACUCUGGUAUGAGACUGUAAGUGGAACAGCAGAAGCAGACUUAGAUUUUAUUCCUGCAGAAGGGGAAGUUCUCUUUGAACCAAAGGAAAAAGCUAAAAAUAUCCAUAUUGAAAUUGUUGAUGAUGACCUUCCUGAAGGUCCCGAGGAAUUUUCUCUGGCAAUUACAAAAGUAGAACUACAAGGAAGAGGGUAUGAUUUUACUGUUAGAGAAAAUGGACUUCAAGUAGAUCAACCUCCAGAAAUUGGAAACAUAUCUGCGAUUCGAAUAAUAAUAAUGAAAAAUGACAAUGCAGAAGGAAUCAUUGAAUUUGAUCCAAGGUAUUCUGCUUUCACAGUGGAAGAGGACAUUGGGAUGAUCAUGAUUCCAGUAGUGAGACUGCAUGGAACAUACAGCAAUGUGACAGCUGAAUUUAUUUCCCAAAGCUUUUCUGCGCUUCUUGGUGUGGAUUACAAUGUUCAUGGUAACUCAGUCAUCUUCAGCCAUGGACAGAACCUAAGUUUUAUAAAUGUCUCUAUCAUAGAUGACGAUGAAAGUGAAUUUGAGGAGCAGUUUGAAAUCCUGCUGAUGGGAACGACUGGAGGAGCAGUGCUUGGGCGCCACCUAGUGAGCCGAAUCACUAUUGCUCAGAGCGAUGCACCCUAUGGACUUGUGCGAUUUCUCAACCAAAGCCAAAUUACUGUUGCUAACCCCAAUUCCACCCUGAGUUUGUCCUUGGUGCUGCAGAGAACUGGAGGACUCUUAGGAGAGAUUAAGAUUGAUUGGGACAUAUUAGGACCUAAUUCACAGGAAGUUCUAUCACCACUGAACAAUGAUAUUGAUGAACCUGUGAAUGGAUCCUUUUCUUUUGGUGAUGGAGAAGGUGGAUUGAGAACCAUAUCUUUGACCAUCUUGCCCCAUGAAGACAUUGAAGUCCAAGAAAUCUUCAUUGUUAAGCUUUACAUUGUUAAAGGGGAAGCUGAAUUAGACCAAAAGGCUAGAAGUAUCUCCCUAGUAAUACAAAAGUUUGGUGAUCCAAAUGGAAUUGUUCAAUUUGCUCCUGAAUCUUUAUCCAAGAAGAAUUAUAUAGAACCAUCAACUUUGGAAGGACCACUUAGUAUUACAUUUUUUGUCAAGAGAGUCCAGGGAGUUACAGGGAAUGUUACGAUUUAUUGGGAACUAAGCAGUGAAUUUGAUAUCACUGGUGAUUUCCAUGCCACAAGGGGUUCUUUCACAAUUGCUGAUGGGGAGACUGAAGCCAGCUUUGAUAUUCAGCUGCUGCCAGAUGAUGUUCCUGAAAUAGAUGAGAAUUAUGUAAUACAGCUGAUUUCUGUGGAUGGAGGAGCAGAAUUGGAUAAGGAAAAAAGCUUCACAACCUUCUCUGUUCCUGCAAAUGAUGAUCCUCAUGGAGUGUUUGCUUUGUAUGCCCGUUGGCAGUCUGUAGUAGUUGAGAAGAGCCUCAGUAGAUAUAUACAAAUUAAUGUAACUCGGCUUGCUGGAACAUUUGGAGAUGUAGCUGUGGGGUACCGAAUAUUGCCCAGUUCUCGAGACCAAGCAGUUGUGAUGGAAAGAACAGAGGGGCAUCUGAUAAUCAAAGAUGGUACCAAUCAUAAAGUGGACACGGUGCCAAUAUUUAAUCAGGUGUUUCUAUUCUUGGGCUUGAAUUUCACUCUGGAACUGUUAAACGUCAUCCAUGUUGGUGGACAGUUCUAUGGAAUGCCAAAAAUACUAGAAGAAGCAAAGUCAACUCUUAUCUCUGUCCCUGAAGAAGCUGCCAAUUCUGAGGUUGGAUUUGAUUCUACUGCCUUUCAACUUACCAACAUCAACAGUGGCACAAGUUUAGUUGUUAUAUCCAGGAGAGGUACAUAUGGUUCUGUUACUGUUACCUGGAGCUCUGGUUAUCCCUCCAAUUUAGAAAUUCCUGAAUUUGUUGACAUAGGUGACAUUAAACCAAAAUUUGGCAUUCUUACCUUUUCUCAUAGUGAGAAAAGUAAGAAAGUUUCAUUAUCUACUCUUCCUAGACCUGGUAGACCAGAGGCAUUUAUUAUUCAUUUAUCCAUAGUGCAGAGCAGUACACCUGGAGGAGCUCGACUGAGACCAGGAUUUACUGUGGCUGAAAUUGAGCCAAUGGGAAUCUUUCAGUUUUCCCUCAUCUCAAGAGAUAUCAUCAUAUCAGAAGAUGCACAAAUGGUCAGAUUGAAUGUACAGAGAUUGUUUGGUUUCCAUGGUGACUUUGCUAAAGUGACUUAUCAGACUACAGCAGGAAGUGCGAAACCUCUGGAAAAUUUUCAACCUGUUCAAAAUGGAGAAUUAACAUUUAAAAAGUUACAGACCAGUAUUGAUCUUGAAAUCACUAUAAUUGAUAAUCAACUUACUGAGAUGGCAAAAAUUUUUUAUGUCAAUCUGACUUCUGUAGAAAUUAAAGGUUUGCAACAGGUUGAUGCUAAUUGGAAACCACGCUUAAAUCCAGAUUUCAGUGUUGCAGUUAUUACUAUACUGGAUAAUGAUGGCCUAAGUGUGAUCAAUGCUUCUGUCCCUCCAAUAACUACUGCUUUCACUAAGGUUACUGAUGCUGUUGUUGCAUCUCACACAGUUGUCACUCCCCCUGAAACCAUCAAGACUACCCCCAUUCCUCAGACAACUGAAAUUGUUACUUUUGUUCCCGAAACAACGGGUAUUGUCACUGUCACAAAUGGAGCAAUCGUGACUGAGAGACCUGAUAUGGUCACUGUAACUGAUGUUUCUGUUAAAGGAAUAUUUAGUCUUGGGCCACCCAUCAUUUAUGUUGAAGAAGAUAUGAAGGAUGACACACCUGCUAUUGUAGAAAUUCUUGUCCGAAGGACAAGAGGGUUGACUGGGAAUGUCAGCGUAGCUGUUCAAACCUAUGGGGGAAUAAGUGCUCAAAGAAAAACUGGGGAAUUUCCUUUUCAAGAUGUCUAUGGAAUUUCUAACCUUACAUGGGCCAAUGAAGGAGAAGAUUUUAUAGAGCAUUCUUUCAUUCUUACAUUUCUGGAUGGAGAAAGAGAAAAGAAAGUAUACAUUCAAAUCUUGGAUGAUGAUGAGCCAGAAGGACAAGAAUUCUUUUAUGUUUUUCUCACCAAUCCUCAGGAUGGAGCCCAGAUUAUAAAAGGAAGGGAUGACAUUGGAUUUGCAGCUUUUGCAACUGUCGUUAUUAAAGGGAAUGAUCUUCAGAAUGGUAUUGUAGGAUUCACUGAAGAUUCACAAAGUGGACUGGAGUUGGAUGAAGACUCUGAUAAAAGAAAUGUCUAUCUUGCUGUCAUAAGGCAACCAAACAGGGUUUUUGAAGAUGUUAAGAUCUUUUGGCAAGUCACAUUUAACAAAACAGCUGUUGUACUUGAGAGAGCAGGAGUAGACUUACGUGACAUACUGUUGUCUGUAUCAGGAACAACAACUUGUAUGGCAGGCCAGGUGAAGUGCCUAAUCUCUAUUGAGCUCCAUCCUGAUAAGAAAUCUCAGUUUCAAAUGUAUUUUUUUGUGGAACUCUAUGAAGCAAGCAUGGGAGCAGCAAUAAACAACAGUGCCAGAUUUGCUCAGAUAAAAAUACUGAAAAGUGAUAGACCUCAUAGCCUCAUCUAUUUUUCAGUGGGUUCUCGGCUGGCAGUAGCUAAUAAGAAGGCCACUUUAAUCAGUUUGCAAGUGGCUCGAGAUUUUAGUACAGCACUAAUGGUGUGUGUUAACUUCAGUACACAGGAGCUGAGAGUUGCUGAAACAAUGGGCCGCAGUCUCAUAUCUCCAGCUGUUUCAGGGAAAGAUUUUGUCAAGUCUGAAGGCACAUUGAUUUUUGAACCUGGCCAGAGAAAUGCUGUAUUAGAUGUCAUUCUAACCCCAGAGACAGAAUCAUUAAAUCCAUAUCCUAAGCGUUUCCAGGUUAUACUUUCUGACCCAACAGGUGGAGCCAGAAUAGACAAAGUGUAUGGCACUGCGAAUGUCACUAUUGUGUCUGAUACUGAUUCUCAAUCCUUUUGGGGACUAGCUGAUCAGCUACACCAGCCUCUGGAUGAAGAUAUUUUGAUCAGAGUACUCCACAAUCUAAAUCUUAAAGUAGCCACUGAAAACACAGAUGAACAACUUAGUGCUGUCAUGUAUCUAAUAGAUAAGAUAACGUUUGAAGGAAAAAAACAAGUUUUCAGUGUUAGAAGCAGAAAUCUUUUUUAUGACAUCCUUUGUACUCUAAUUAAUCCACGCCGUAAGGACACUAGGGGCUUCAGCCAUUUUACAGAAGUGACUGAGAAGUUUGCCUUUUCUCUUCUGACUGAUGUUACCUGCGGAUCUCCUGGUGAAAAGAGCAAAACCAUCCUUGACAAAUGCCCAUAUUUGUCAAUAUUGGCCCUUCACUGGUAUCCACAGCAAAUCAAUGGACACAAGUUUGAAGGAAAGGAGGGGGAUUAUAUACAGCUUCCUGAACGAUUAUUGGAUGUCCCGGAUGCAAGUAUUAUGGCUGGUGAAAAGAAAUGCACAUUAGUACAAUUUACAGAAUAUAGCAGCCAACAGUGGUUUAUAACCAGUAACAAUGUUCUGGCUCUGAACAACAAGGUUUUAUCUUUGAGUGUGAAAGGACAGAGUUCAUAUCCACUGACAGACAAUAAUGAGAUCCUUUAUCGGAUAUAUGCUACAGAACACCGGAUUGUUCCUCAGAAAUCCUUGUGCCUCCUUUGGAAUCAGGCUGCUGCAAGCUGGUUGUCUGAUAGUCAGUUUUGCAAAGUGGUUGAUGUCACUUCAGACUAUGUGGAAUGUGCCUGUUCACACAUGUCAACAUAUGCCGUUUACGCCCAGACAGAUAGCUUGUCUUCAUACAAUGAGGCCUUUUUCUCUUCUGGAUUUAUUUGCAUCUCAGGUCUUUGCCUGGCCAUUCUUUCUCAUAUCUUCUGUGCCAGGAAUUCGAUGUUUGCUGCUAAGCUUCUGACUCAUAUGAUGGCAGCCUCUUUAGGUACUCAGAUUGCAUUUCUGGCUUCUGCAUAUGCAAGCCCACAACUGACAGAAGAGAGCUGUUCAGCACUGGCUGCUAUUCUGCAUUACCUCUAUCUUUGCCAAUUUAACUGGAUGCUUAUUCAGUCUGUGAACUUCUGGUAUGUCCUGGUCAUGAACGAUGAGCACACAGAGCGACGCUAUCUCCUGUUUUUCAUUCUGAGUUGGGGGCUUCCAGCUUUUGUGGUGAUUUUACUCUUAAUUGUCCUGCGAGGAAUCUAUCACCAUAGCAUUUCCCAAAUCUACGGCCUCAUCCAUGACGACCUAUGUUUUAUCCCAAAUGUCUAUGCUGCUCUCUUCACUGCUGCUCUCAUUCCCUUGAUGUGUCUUGUGGUAGUAUUUGUAGUCUUCAUCCACGCUUACCAAGUGAAGCCUCAGUGGAAAGCUUAUGAUGAUAUCUUCAGAGGAAGAACAAAUGCUGCAGAAAUCCCACUGGUUUUAUACCUGUUUGCUCUGAUUUCCAUUACAUGGCUUUGGGGAGGACUACAUAUGGCUUAUAGACACCUCUGGAUGCUGGUCCUCUUCGUCAUUUUUAACAGUCUACAGGGCCUUUAUGUCUUUGUGGUGUAUUUUAUUCUACACAACCAGAUGUGCUGCCCAAUGAAAGCCAGCUACACUGUGGAAAUGAAUGGGCACCCAGGACCAGGUUCGGCUUUUUUCACGGCAGGUAGCGGUAUGCCUCCUGCAGGAGGUGAGAUCAGCAAGUCCACCCAGAAUCUCAUCAGUGCUAUGGAAGAGGUGCCGGCUGACUGGGAGAGGACAUCCCUCCGGCAAGUGAGUCAAGCAAGCCCAGAUUUUAAGCCAGCUUCUCAGAAUGGUGCCUCUUUCCCCACUUCUGGAGGCUAUGGUCAGGGGUCUCUGAUAGCUGAUGAAGAAUCACAGGAAUUUGAUGAUCUGAUUUUUGCUCUAAAAACAGGUGCGGGCCUCAGUGCCAGUGACAAUGAAUCUGGCCAAGGCAGUCAGGAAGGAGGCACAAUGACAGAUUCCCAGAUUGUAGAAUUGAGAAGAAUACCCAUUGCUGACACUCACCUUUAGCUCCUUUUGUCACAUUGGAAUUUUUGAUAUUUUUAUAUUUGUUGUAUGAUCUUUUGGUCUAAAUUUCUCCCCAUAUGUGCAACCAGGCAAUGGAGAACUGGAAGUUGUCCCUAGAUGGUGAGCUCAGAAAGAUUUACUUUUGAUAAAUAGUAGAUUUUGGCAGAAUCCCCAAAUUCACCUGUUCUGGUGAAAGAUUUACAAGAGUUAAUAGGAUGCACUUAUUCCAUAAAGUAUAGAUUAAGUUUUUUAAUUGACCUGCAUGUCUAACAGUGUUUAAUAAAAGUAAUAAUUAUUAUUAAUAAAAGUAAUAGAAUACA